GGUAACGGGAGCGGGGUCGGUGCCGGUGUCGGUGCCGGGCCCGGUGUCGGUGCCGGUCCCCUCGCUCCCCAUGGCCUGCCGCGAUGCCAUUUCAUGGUACCAGAAGAAGAUCGGGGCCUACGACCAGCAGAUAUGGGAGAAGGCCGUGGAGCAGACCCAGAUGAAGGGCUUCAAGAACAAGCCGAAGAAAAAGGGGCACAUCCAGCCCGAUCUGAUCGACGUGGAUCUGAUCAGCGGCUCUACCUUUGCCAAAGCCAAGCCUGAAAUUCCCUGGACAUCGCUGACGAGGAAGGGAAUUGUGAGAGUGGUGUUCUUCCCCCUGUUCAGCCACUGGUGGAUACAGGUCACGUCCCAGCGUAUUUUUAUGUGGCUCUUGGUGCUCUACCUUAUGCAAGUGGUAGCAGUGGUGCUGUACUUCCUGGUGCCUGCUGUGAGUGCCAGUGAAGUGAUGGGACCCCUGUGCCUGAUGCUGCUGCUGGGGACAGUUCACUGCCAGAUCGUGUCCACGCAGGUGAACAGAGCUGCAGGGAGCAACGGGCUGAGCCGGCGCCGCAGGAAGUUGCGCAAGGCUGCGGGUGCGGAUGGGAGCAGUUGGUGUUCUCCUGACAGAACCAGCAAGGAGGAGCAGUCUGGCUCUGCAUCUCUGCUGACCAAUUUAUCCAGCCUGCUCUUCCAGAGGAGGAAUAGAGGAGUAAAGCUGGUAGCUGAGAAAGGGACUGAGACAGAAAGUGGUGUGAGUGCUGUGGGUGAUGGCAUCAAACCCAGACAGGCCAGAUCUGAGCACAGGCUGCUGCACUGCAAAGAGAAAAGUAAACUUUCUGAUGGGGAGAAGAGCCAUCAGGAUGAUGGCACCACCAGGGACGGUGCUUCUGACGAGCUGUCGAGCGAGGAGGAUGCUGAGGAUGCUGAGGAUGCUGAGGGCCUGGCACAGAGGAUCCUGCUACGGCCCAGCAUGGAAGGGGCUUCCAGUGACAACAGCUACGAGGAGAGGAAGAAGAGGCCUCUGCUUUCUCUCAACCAGGCUGUCUCACAGGUCAAGCAAGCCCUGAAAGCUGCCAGAGACUCUGACAGUGUUGUGGAGUCUGAACUGGAAUCCACAUUGUACAGGCAGGACCCCAGGUCGUGCCUGGGCGUGGGGCCCCGGAGCUGCAGCGGGAGCCGGCGGGACUCGGAGAGCACACGGCAGGACUCGGAGACCGAGGACAUGCUGUGGGACGAUCUCCUGCACGGCCCCGAGUGCCGCUCCUCGGGCACCAGCGACAGCGAGGAGCGCUCCCGCAGGGACUCCCGCAGGGACCUGAAGGAGGACGUCUUCCAGCAGAACCAUCUGUUUUGGCUGCAGAACACCAGCCCAGCGUCUGCCAAAGUGAGUGCUCUGAUCUGGGAGGGGAAUGACUGCAAGAAGGUGGACAUGUCCGUGCUGGAGAUCAGUGGGAUCAUCAUGAGCAGGGUUAAUGCCCACCAGCAAGGAGUGGGGUAUCAGAUGCUGGGAAACAUCAUCACCAUCGGAUUGGCCUUCCUGCCAUUCCUCUACAGGCUGUUCCGCACGGACAGCCUGGAGCAGCUCUGCUCCAUCUCUCUGAUGGAGCUUCUGCACAUCUUCUGUGGAGCCCCUAUCAGCACCUCUGUGCUCAUCCUGUCUGCCAUCAACUUUCUGGAAAGGCUGUGCUUAACCUGGAUGUUUUUCUUCAUGAUGUGUGUUGCUGAGAGAACAUACAAGCAGAGGUUUUUGUUUGCCAAGCUCUUUAGUCACAUCACAUCUGCUCGGAAAGCCAGGAAAUACGAAAUCCCUCACUUCAGGCUCAAGAAGGUGGAGAACAUCAAGAUCUGGUUAUCCCUUCGCUCCUACCUGAAGAGACGAGGCCCCCAGAGGUCUGUGGAUGUUGUGGUGUCCUCAGUCUUUUUACUGGCUCUUUCAAUUGCUUUUAUCUGCUGUGCCCAGGUUCUUAAGGGUCACAAAACCUUUCUGAGUGCAGCUUACAACUGGGAGUUCCUGAUGUGGGAGGCAGCACUGCUCCUCUUCCUGCUACGUCUGGCAUCUCUGGGCUCUGAGACCAACAAGAAAUACAGCAACAUUUCCAUCCUGCUCACUGAGCAGAUAAACUUGUACCUGAAGAUGGAGAAGAAGCCAAACAAGAAGGAGCAGCUCUCUCUGGUGAACAAUGUGCUGAAACUGUCCACAAAGCUGCUGAAGGAGCUGGAUAGUCCAUUCAGGCUCUAUGGGCUGACCAUGAACCCACUGAUCUACAACAUCACACGGGUUGUCAUCCUCUCUGCUGUCUCAGGAGUGAUCAGUGACCUGCUGGGAUUCAAUAUCAGAUUAUGGAAAAUUAAACCAUGAACUGGCAGAACAUCAGC